AUAAGCUUACAAGUUUAGGAAUUAUACAUGUCCAUAAAAUAUAGUCUACAACAGUUCAUGUUUCAUUGUAUAUAAUCUUCAUUAUGUUUUCAGGAUGGAACAUGAGGCUACCCAGCUAGAAAAGCAGCAUGUGCAUAGUGUGUAUGAAAAUACAGCUGCCUACUUUAAUGAUCUGCAGAGCAAAGCAUGGCCUCGUGUGAGAAACUUUCUGUUGGAGCAAAAGCCUGGCAGUCUCGUUGCUGACAUAGGUUGUGGAACUGGAAAAUAUCUCAGUGUCAACAGUCAGGUGUACAAUCUCGGCUGUGAUUACUGUGGACCACUGGUAGAAAUCGCAAGGAAGAGAGGUGAAGAAGUUCUGGUUUGUGACAACCUUAACCUUCCCUUUAGAGACCAGUGCUUCAAUGCAGUCAUUUCCAUUGGAGUGAUCCAUCAUUUCUCAACUAAACAAAGAAGAAUCAAAGCAAUAAAGGAAAUGGCGAGAGUACUGAUGCCUGGAGGCCAGAUGAUGGUUUAUGUUUGGGCUAUGGAACAAAAGAAUCGUCACUUUGAGAAACAAGAUGUAUUUGUUCCCUGGAACAAGGCUCUGUGCUCGCGGCAUUUUUCAGAAUCGAAUCAAUCUGGAGAUAAGGGAGAGUUUGUGCAUGCAGUAAAAAGCCAAGAUAUAUACCCUGCAGAGGUACUGAGCUCUGAUUACAGCUACCAAACCAAUCUACAACCAGAAACUGAUUCAAAACGUCCCCACAGUACGGACCAUUGCUUAUCCAGAGCCUGCUGCAUGAAAAUUUCUGAAGAAGAAAAUAGAUUUUACAGUGCUCUUGGAAGAUCUUUCCGCUCAUGGUUUUUCUCCAGAUCCCUUGAUGAAUCAGCCCUCAGAAAGCAAACUGAAAAGUUAAAGCCUCUGAAGAAUGAAGGAGAAUGGACAAACAGUACCGUGCCUAUUCAGCAGUCACGACACUGCAGUUUGGAUUUAGGUCAUCACAGGGCACUGCUAAAAGAACAAUGUUUAGAUGAUGAUGAUGUGUUUGUAGAGAGCUCACCUGUCAAAAAACUGCCGUGGUCACAAGCCAUACAUGCACUGAAGGAUUUGAGUUUAAAUGGAGGGCACCAAAGUGCAGCUCGGAGUAAGGAUGAAGAAGCUGCAUUUAUAAAUGGCCCAGUGGAAGACAAGGACCACAGCUGCAGCUGUAAUAAAGAUGAUGCUGUUAAGUCUAAUGCCAGUAUUUUCAAAAGAACUUCAACAACUGACUCCACUGACUCUGCUUUGGAUUCAGCAGUGUCUGUUGGAGACCAAACUGGUGACACACUGGAUACAAAAGCCUUCAUGCGCUAUUAUCAUGUUUUUCGGGAAGGGGAGCUUUGCUCUCUGAUAGAAGAGAACGUGCCUGAGCUUCUGAUACUUUCUUCCUGCUAUGACCACGGAAACUGGUGCAUUAUUGCAGAGAAAAGAGGACAACAGCCGUAAACAGAACAAAACAAUGUAGUGACUGAGAAUUUUAAGCUGCUCCUUGUGUUCCUGUGACUGUACAGUGUGACAUGGAAUUUGAAUCCCCUGUAGUCAUGUGCCAUUCAUUCCUGAAUUUAUUACAUAUGUAAAUAUCUAGUGCAAAGCCUGUAUAUAGGAAUGUAAGUGGCAAACGAUAUUUAUGUUUUGUUAAACUUUUAUGAAGUUAAAAAUGAAGAGUUUUAUAUUGCUUUUAGCAAACAAUUGUGUUUUUAAAUAUACUUUUCUAUUGAAAAAUAAAACUUUUUUAUAAGACAAGGAAAGGAUCAGGACAUCUUUUAUGAGAAGUAUCAUCUCAGUAGAACAUUCAGGUUUUGUUCUUGAAAUGCUGAAAAUAGAUGACAUUAUUCCCUGUUCUUGAAGUCAUAUGAAUAGAGAGACACACAUUUUGAAAAACACUUGAGGAUAUGCUGCUUGAGUGCAUGCUGUAGAACUGGGAGCAAGCAUGGUCCUAGUGCUACUUAGUUUGGAGUAGAGUUGUUAGUGGGCAAUACUAUGUACAGAGCAAGCUGCAUUCUGUCAUUUGUGACUGAUAUUUCAGAAUAAAUGGCGGAAUGAAUUUUGAACAGCAGUUUGGAUUUUUGUUUUGAAAAUAAUUUAAUUUGUGCCUCAGUCGUAAGUUUGGUUCUGCAUGUUGGCUCUCACUGAUUUCCUGUGCUGCAAGUUUUCACUGGUUAUAUGUAUAUACAAGUCAGAGGGAUUAGUGAGAGUAUCAGUACUAGGUAAAGGUUACAAAAUCUCAAAUAUUUGAGAUGCAUAUCUCUUUUUUUAUAAGCUUGAAUAGCCAAGAUAAAUAACACUUGGUAUAAUUAGUAAGAUCCCAGUGCACAUCCAAUUAGCUCUCAUAUCAACUCUCGUCAUUCAUUGACAUGAGAAUAUAUACUAAAUGGUGUAUUAAACAAUGUAGAUAGAAAGAGGAUACAAGUCAAAUUUUGUAUCUAAAAUACAACUUUUCUAGUCCAUGGUGAGCAAGUAGAUGAGUUUUGGAUUGGAUUUUGACUUGGAUGGAUUUUGAACUGGGCGGAUUUUGAGUUGAUCAGUAGAAAUCCCUGGUGGUACUGGCUAUUUUUAGAUGUAGCUGCCCAGGAGUAAUUACUGCAUGGUAAUGUAUUAUAUAUCUAUUUACUGAAGUAAUGCCUGUAGAAGAAUCAUCUUUGUCUUCCUCUUAGUUUAGGAUCCUUGUACUUUAUAUUUCCCAGGUAUGUACCAAGUGCCAGACGCAAAUCCUUAUAUUCCCUACUGCCUUUUGAAAAUAAAACUAUCCAUCUGAAACUUCUGAAAUAUUAUUCCUCUCUGUCUGAGCCUUACCUCAGAGCAUAGGCAAUAUUCCCUAUGUGACUGGGUCCUGCUGCUCUCUGCUCAGGGGCUGCUCCAACUGCUUCCUCCAUCUCCAGUUUCUGAAGCACAGUGCAUAGAAGCCUGUGGUGGUAAAUUGCAAAGUCGAUGGGGGUCAUGAUCAGCUCCACACCUCAUCUGCAAUGUUGUCAUGUCUGACCAGAAAGGCUUACCUCAUUUCCUGAGAAUUUCUGGAGAAGCCUGAGGAAUUAGAACCAAACUCAGUUUCUUCCAGACAAAUAUGUUAGGGUAUAUUCAGCACCCCUAGAAUUUGGGCCCUGUGUAGGAAUGAAAUUAUUUAUUUAUCGUCCUAUAUCCAAUCUUGAAAGCUUGUUCCUAAAGUCCAGCAUGCAGAAACUCCAUUGUGUAUACAUUAAAAUAUUCAUUAAAAGUACAAAUCUCUUGAAAACUUUAUAACAAAUAAUGAAUAAAUAAAUAAAAUCUGGUUUCCCCUGCAUUCUCAGUCAUGCCCAGUCUACAAGAUCUGGUUGCUGUAAGGUUAAAGGCAAAUAUGUUGUAUUUCUUGUCUGACUUAGAGGCAAAAUUGUCACCCUGAUUUUGCCAGUAUCAAAUUUGAUACUGACCUCAGUACAUCUGCUCAUAAGAGGCACAUGGAGAUGUCUUGAUUGCGCAAGAAAACAUGCCCCAUUUUUUUACAAUUUAAUUUACUGGAAUCUGAACUGGCUGAACAAAUGCUGCUAGUGUGUUAACUCUUACUAACCGUAAUCAGAAGGCACAACUGUGAUAAAAUGGAUGCAAUUGAAUAGAUCUAUUUCUGAAGGACUAAUACAAUUGUAACCUCGAUAAAUGGCAUUUUGUCUUUUUUUAACACAAAGAAUAUUUAUAUUAGAAGUGCAGAAAAAUCUUUUUUUUUUUUUCUGCUAAUGGCAACUAAUUUACCUUCUUCCAAACUCAUGCAGGAUCUUUAAAAGCACAGGUGAGGUAUGAAAGCUGUAAGUAAGCCAACAAAUCUUUUUCUGGCACAUAUUUAUAUAUAAGUUACUUAUGUGUGCGCUAUAAAAUCGUGCUGAAUGGAGAGCUGUGUAUUCCACACCAGCAGAACUUUUUAAGCAAACUACCUUGGUGGAUUUUGAAGAGAGAUGGUGGCUCUAAGCCUGUAACAUUCCUGCCAUAUCAAGCUGCAUCAUGCCUCUGUGGGGCUCUGUUGGUGUUGACACUGUGUUGAACCCAUUUGUCUACCCAUUUCCUUGCUCAGCUCUUUGAUAGGAGUUGUGGCUAUUUUAGCGCUCCAUGAAAAUGAAGUGUGUCAAUAUUAAAUACAUACAGUUUUGUAACUAUCCUGUGCAUUCAGCAUUUCUAUAUAAUAUAUUAAUUCUGGCAGCUAUCCAUUAUUUUAUCUUCCAUUCUGCUGAUCACAGCCAUGCUUAGGUACUGCUCUGUAAUCAGUUCUUUGUCUGUGCAUAGAACCUAUUAUUUAGUAUUUGACAGAAAAUAAAUCUUGGAUAAAAUAUGAUUUCAUACAGAACUUCUGUGCUUUAGGAUUAGUUAAUAAAUACAUUAGCCACUGGAAACUGUGUAUGGGUAAGUUCUUGAUGAGUGUUUUUGAGAAGACUGUUAGUGCUAUUUGCUCAGUGAGACCACAUAGCACAAUGCAGAGCAGGUGAGCAGCCUGAUUUUCUAUGAAGCCAGAAAAUCUGUCUUUACUU